CGAGAACUGAUUGGUCUGGUGUUAUGUACUGUGAUUCCACAGAUGCAUAUCAUUGUGCACCUGUUUCCAAAGCAGCCCACAGGGAAAUCCAGAUUUCUUUUCUGCCCACCCUUCUGACAGCCGUUACUAAAACGCACUUGUUUUGUGAAAAAAGAGGAAGGAAAAAACGAUCAGCAGCUGUUCUGGAUUCUAGAUGACAAAGUGAAUAAAGAAAAGGAAGCGUUAGUGAUUUACUCCCUGACCUUGAGAAAGUAGGUCUGUUUUACUUGAGGGGAGGAAGGAGCUGCAGUCCUGGAAAGGAUGGGAAUGCUGGUGAGAACUGCUGUGCUUAUGAAUCCUCUUCUUCUCUGCAAUGCUCUUCUGGACCUGAUUGGCCCCGGUGAAAUUGUAGGAGUGUGGAAGGGAUUUAACAUCUUGCCAUGUACCUAUGUGCCCGUGAAGGACUUUGUGCAGCAAACGGUUAUUUGGACUGUGGUACAUGACCAAAGUUCAGGCACUGUUUUUAGGAGGGAUGACUCUGGUGAUCACAUUCUACUCUCUGAGUACAGAGAUAGGGUCAGUGUUGUGAAGAACUCUCCAGGGAACGUGUCUCUUCAUAUUUGGAAACUUGAAAUCUCCGACAGGGGAACCUACACUUGCCAAGUCACCUGGAAAACCAGCAACAACAGCCUGAUAACAAAUGAGAUCACCACCAGAGUUGAGGUUGUUAAAGUUGCAGUGACUAAGCCCAUCAUCAGGGCUGGUGAGCUGGGACUGAUGGUCCCGGCAGGAGCCAGGACCAGCCUGACCUGUGUGGCCACUGGAUCCCCACCCAUCAGCUACCGCUGGUUCCUGGGAGAGCCGGGAGGAAAAGCUCGGCUUCUGGGCAGUCAGGCCGAACUCACGUUUGACAGUCUGCGACCCUCCGACUCGGGGGCAUACUACUGUGAAGCAGAAAACAGGGUUGGGGCACGUGUCGCGCAGCAGAGCGAUGCUGUAGAGCUGACAGUGAGAGAUCUGCCCACAACAACAGUGGCUUUGGAGAGUGGUGUGGGAACCCCAGAGAGAUACCAAACAACCACAGAAAAGAAUCCAACGGAGCUGGUGUUCAGAGGUACCUCAGUAAUCCCUUGGACUCCACGAGGCCCUACCACUGUGACAGAUCUGCCCCUAACAGUAAUGACUUCUGAGAAUGAUGUAGGAAAUCCGGGAAAGAAUCAUACAACUAAAGAUUUCCAGAAGACUCGCCUGUCCCUGUACCUGAUCAUCCUGAUUGCUGUGGUUUGUGGUGCUGUGGUUUUCCUUAUCGUCUUUAUUAUCUUGUGCAUUAGAAAGCCCAAAAGUGCACAUGUCUAUGAAGUAAAACUCUAUAACAACUCAAUGAGAGCAGAGGCUUCUUCAAGAUUUGAUAGUGUGGGUCUUUAUGAAGAACCCAUCUCCUCUACUGAAAACAACUAUGUGACAGAGCCCAUGAAAAGCAACAGAUCUGAAGAAACAAACAUGAAAGAGAACAAAUAUGACGCACUUGGAAAUGCAAAGGAAUCUGAAUAUGAAGUGGGGGACACUGUAUAAGAACCAACAGUUCUCUACAGGUAGCAAUCCUGAAGAGCACCCCCAUCCAGGCAAAAUUUAUCUUCCUAUUCACUUUUUUUUCCUCUGAAAAAUAGGUUGAACAAGCAGUUUUCGAUCCUCCAUGUUUUAUGGAGCCUUAAACUUCUGCAAUGAAAAUGCAAACCUUUUUUUAGAAACUUCACAGCUAUAGAUUGCUGUACAGGUCUCUUGAUUUUGCUUUUCUUGAUUCCUUUUCACCACCUCUGUAGAAGAGAGCCCUUUGAAAACUAGGGUCUUCAGAUCUCAGGCUGAAAGCACUGAAGUAGCCUUCUUGCUCUAUAUGGUCAAAAGGAACUUCAUUCUCUUUAUAAACAAUCUUUGUCUGGUGUAGUAGAACUAGCACAAAGUAUUGCUAAAUAGCUCUAUUCAACUUAGUGCAUUAAAAAAGGCAGGAGAAUGCUGGCCUGGGAAGUGGUGUCUCUCUGCACGCUAUCUGCCUAAAAUACCACCAAAAUGGCGUUACAUCCUUUUUAAAUGCAAGACGACUGUUAAAAGAACAGCUGAAAGACAGCUUAAAGCUAGGUUAUAAUCAAGGCCCUUACCACACAAAGCAGCAGGUUGAAAAGAAAUGUCCUGUGAAUCCAUCAUGCUGUACUCAGUAUGCCUUUCUGCAGUACACUCGCAAUAAAAUACAGACACUUUCUAAUUACAGUAAAAGCUGUCAGUUUUAGAGCUGGACAGCUUAGGCAAUUUUAAUAUUAUAACAAAUAUUAUUUCUGAGAGCAACUUUUCUAUUCUACUUUUAUUGCACUACUAAUAUUUGAAAGAGAUUAGAUACUUUUCCUUAAGCUUGUGGCUAGGAUUGUGUACAUAUGCCUAAAUUACUUUGAUACAAACAUGAAUAUUUGUACAUGACCUGCUCAUCUUUAAAAUGCCAGCAAGCACUCAUUAUUGCAGAUAUCCAGUAGUUACUCAUGAAGUGCUUUCCUUACAACUUAAAAGGUAUGAAGGUAAGUAGGGAGGUGCAAAGCUUUGUUAUUCAUAAUUUUUACUAUCCUGAAUAAAUCAAUAAUGCAGAUAGUACCAAGUUACAGGAGAGCCUUUUUAUAAUGAAUAGUAGGGCAGUAUCGUGUCAGACCAAAAGCAGUGCU